UUUGGGGAAAAGGGACUCCGGGACGUCCGCUGCGCUCGUUUGUGUAGUUGCAUUUCCCUCAGCUAUUUUCUGUUCUUGUGUCCGUGUUUCGUUUUUGUUGCCUUCCCCCCUUUUUUCAGCUUCUUAGUAUCGCCAUGAACGGAUUUCGCGACAGCAGAAUCGAGGAGGGGACCUUCCUUUUCACCUCAGAAUCGGUGGGGGAGGGGCACCCAGAUAAGAUUUGUGACCAAAUUAGUGAUGCUGUCCUUGAUGCACAUCUUAGACAAGAUCCAGAUGCCAAAGUAGCAUGUGAAGCUGCUGCUAAGACUGGAAUGAUUCUUUUGGCUGGCGAAAUAACAUCCAGAGCUGCGGUUGACUAUCAGAAAAUUGUUCGUGAAACAAUCAAGCACAUUGGGUAUGAUGAUUCCUCAAAAGGUUUUGACUACAAGACAUGUAAUGUCUUGGUUGCUCUGGAGCAACAGUCCCCUGAUAUCGCUCAGGGAGUUCAUCUGGACAGAAAUGAAGAAGACAUUGGUGCUGGAGAUCAGGGCUUGAUGUUUGGGUAUGCUACUGAUGAGACUGAAGAGUGCAUGCCCUUGACACUUAUCAUGGCACACAAGCUGAAUGCUAAACUGGCAGAACUCCGUCGUAAUGGUACUUUGCCCUGGCUGCGACCAGAUUCGAAAACUCAGGUGACCGUGCAGUACAGGCAGGAUCGAGGUGCUGUCAUCCCCAUUAGAGUCCAUACGAUUGUUAUCUCUGUUCAGCAUGAUGAUAAAAUUUGUCUGGAUGAAAUGCGAGAUGCCCUGAAAGAGAAAGUGGUCAAAGCUGUUGUGCCUGCAAAAUAUCUGGAUGAUAGCACAGUCUAUCACCUGCAGCCUAGUGGUCGUUUUGUAAUUGGUGGACCCCAGGGUGAUGCUGGCUUGACUGGCCGGAAGAUAAUUGUUGACACCUAUGGUGGCUGGGGAGCUCAUGGAGGUGGUGCUUUCUCUGGUAAAGACUACACAAAGGUCGACCGUUCAGCUUCUUACGCUGCUCGCUGGGUAGCAAAAUCCCUUGUAAUGUCUGGUCUGUGUCGGAGAGUACUUGUCCAGGUUUCCUAUGCCAUUGGUGUGGCCGACCCAUUAUCUGUCUCUAUUUUCCAUUAUGGCACUUCCCAAAAGAGUGAGCAUGAGCUGCUAGAAAUUGUGAAGAAGAACUUUGACCUCCGCCCAGGGGUCAUUGUCAGGGAUCUGGAUCUGAAGAAGCCUAUUUAUCAGAAGACUGCAGCCUAUGGCCACUUUGGUAGGGACAGCUUCCCAUGGGAAGUACCCAAAAAACUUAAAUACUGAAUAUGUUGGGCUUCUUUCCCCAGACCUGUUGGUGUAAUUACAGAGAAACUUUCAGACUCUGUGGGAAAGAGCCCCCUUCCCUAAACUGGUCCUGUCCUUCUUUGCUCUUAACUUGGUGCACACUGUCCAUUGCCAGGCAUAGUAAUUCCUAUGGGGACCACAAAAUUGCACUGUGCUUUUUUCUCUUGACAUGCAAGUAGAGCCAGCUGAACAUAGGAGCUGUCAAUGUAAUGUAGAGAGGAACAGGCUGUAAUCGACAGUGCUUCAGUCUAACCUUUGUGUUCUCCCAAAGCCUAACAGGACUCCUUUCCUUGAAACAGUGAAAAAGAAACUUCCGCUGUAACAUGCACAGUCUGUGGUUCCACAUAGUCUCUGUCCAAAUACAUAGACCAGCAUGAUGCAAUGACUUGGCUCCACUGAGAAUGUAAAGCCCACUUUCCUCCAGCUAAGUAGUUCUCAUGUGAGCCAUCUUCUUACCAGAUUGCCUUGCAUGCAGCACAAGUUCCGUCUGGAGCUCCAAUCUGGUGUGGUUUUUAUAUGGAGGUAGAUCUGGUUUGACAACCCAUGGUGUAUUAUGCUCUUAAUUUAAGUCAGCACCAUAUUUUAAUCAUUUCCUACUCUGUCUUCUUGGAGGAUGUACGUAAUAAGGUUUUUAAGAGAUCCUAUGCAUGGUUUUAGCACUAGCCAAACCUCACCAACUUUUAUCAGAACAGGCACUUGGCCAACCUUGUGAUGUAUUACAGAGAAAUCACAGGUCUGUAUCCAAGGUCUGUAGGCUGCAUACUUUGGCGCCUGGAAUUUUUUUUCUUCAGAAAAGCCAAGGAAUCCAUGUUGCACAAAACUCCCAGGGUUUAAGUUUUCAAAGUCAGGUCCAAAUUGCAUUCUGAAGUUACUGGUGUAGCUACAGAGAAACCAGCUUCCUUCAGAACACAAGUGCAUUUGGAAAGGAAGCGGGGAGAAACCCUACAUACUUGAAAUUUUUUUAUAAUUGCUUAUUUAUUGUGUUUGGGACAGGGUGUGAGUACAGAGAAGCCCUUGUCUCAAAUGGCAGCUUUUAAACGUUCUUUUUUGACACCACAAAUUCCUUGAGUUUCCAGUAUUCCCUGCUAGGCCAAGGUGUCCUACAGAAAAGCCUUGGGUCACAACCUACAGGGGGUCUGGCUUGUGUAAAACGGGAGGGCAGUGCUAAGGUGGCUGACCUUGGGAGGGCUAAUUUGGCUGGUGUUGUACAGAGAAGCUAGCUUGUUUACCUGCC